ACCAUGUAUGUCCUCAUUCCUCCUCGGUGACUAUCCGGAUCAGGUUUUUCCCGUUGCUUGUCACCCUCAGAUCAUGGCUGAUCCGAAGCCGCGGCAACGCAAGUUUGCGCCAAGGUCACGCACUGGCUGCUUGACUUGUAGGACACGGCGGAAGAGAUGCGAUAGUGCCCAACCUCAGUGCGCCAACUGUGCACGUUUAAACCUCAAGUGCGAAUGGCAAGCACCGCGGAAAGUUGUCGCAGAGUCGCCCGCCUCUCCAUCGCGCUCGAAAAGUCCAGAGUUCCAGGUUGCAGGGCCAUUAUCUUCCUCGCCAGACGCAUGGGAUGCACUACCGGGUGACCAUGGGUCUGAACGGAUGCAUCUACUUCAGUAUUAUGUCGAAGCCUUCGUACCCAGUGUGCAAGUCGCACCGAUUGCAACGAGUUUUUAUACCAGCCUAUAUAUGCCUUGGUCCUUCCAAAUCGAGGGCAUGCUCGACGCCAUCCUCGCCAUAUCUUCUGCUCAGUUGGCAAGAAGGAGCCAAGAUGCCGACCGUGCAGAACAUUUGAGGGCUGUAUCUCUUCGACAUGAGAGGAAAUGCUAUGAAUUCAUCAAAGAACGUCUCUCUCCAUCUGGUGGACUACCAAAGGACACGUAUCAGGUCACUGCUGUUAUCCUCAUCUUGGUCGGGCUCGAGGCGCUGAACGGAGUCAAGACGACGAGGUGGAUAUCACAGUUGAAGAGUGUACAACGCAUUCUGGGCGCACUGUCUCCAGAGCAGAGCCUCAUGGACUGCGUGGAAGUCGACUCUCUGCAUCGUCACUUCACCUACCACUUUGCUUCGGCAUCUCUCAUGGCCCGCGUAUCAAAUGCUGGAAACGCGUCUUCUGCUGAACAAGGCUUGAUGAUGAUAAGCGCCGCGCCUAUGCCAGGCACCAUCGACCCUCUAAUGGGCAUCUCAUACCAACUAUGCGAUCUCAUCUCCCGGAUUCAGUACGUAACUGCCUCCAACCCUGCGUUUCCCCUCGCAACAGAAGCAUCAUUCAAUGUCAUCGAACAGGGAAUACAAAAUUGGACAUACGAAAACCCAUUCACGUUGGGCGUCGACACUCCGAUAGCUCUCGACCUCAUCGCUUUGGCAGAAGCUUACCGGUUGGCGGCACUCAUUCAACUUUAUCGCACAUCGCCUACUCGCUCGUUGCGUAUUCAGCACUACGCAUCACGUACAAUGGAGUUUAUUGCGCGUAUACCUCCUGGAAGUCCAGCCGAGUCGAGCCUACUUUAUCCCAUUUUCCUAGCCGGCGCAGAACUAGAUGAUGAAGCGGCCAUUGAGCAAUGCUUCAAGAGACUUGAAGGAAUCCAGAAGCGGAAUCGGUAUGAGAAUGUUGAAUGCGUGCAGAAGGUGUUGAAAGAGGUUUGGCGACCAAAGCUGGAGGGUGGACAAAGAAGAGAUUGGGAGGAUGUGGUAAGAGAAUGGAACUGGUCAUUCACUUUGGGGUGA